AUGCCUCUGAAAAAUUGCACCAGGGUGACUGAAUUCAUCCUCCUUGGAUUCAGAACUACCAGGGACCUGAACUUUGUCUUGUUCCUGGUGGUUCUUCUCCUCUACCUUCUAUCCCUCAUAGGCAAUGGCCUCAUCAUCAUCAUGGUGAGGGUUGACCGCAGGCUUCAGACCCCCAUGUAUUUUUUCCUUAGCAACCUCUCCUUCCUGGAGAUCUGGUACACCACUGCUAUCAUCCCCAAAAUGCUGGCCAACCUCUUAUCAACAAGGACGACCAUUUGUUUCUACUGCUGCAUGGCUCAAGGGUACUGCCACUUCCUUUUUGGUAUCACCGAGUUUUUCAUCCUCACGGUGAUGUCCUUUGAUCGAUACUUGGCUAUCUGCCAUCCCUUGAGAUACACGGUACUUAUGACCAUGCGGGUUUGCUUCCAACUUUCUUUGGGCGUCUGGGUUGGGGGGUUCCUCUCCAUUUUUCUGCAAACGUUUCUGGUGCUGCGGCUGCCCUUCUGCUGUUCCAACGUGAUCAACCAUUACUACUGUGACAUCGGGCCCCUUCUCAAGGUUGCCUGCGGGGACACCCAGCUCAUCCAAUCUCUGGGCUUCAUUGUCGCUGUGUCUGUGAUACUCAGUUCCUUUGUAUUCACGGUGGUUUCCUACAUCUUCAUCAUUGUCACCAUCCUGCAAAUUCCUUCCAGCAAGGGGAGGCAGAAAGCAUUUUCUACCUGUACUUCCCACCUGACUGUGGUUAGUAUCUUGUAUGGUGCAGUUUUCUUCAUGUAUUUAAGGCCAACUGCCCACCAGUCCUCCUUUAGCCUCAAUAAAGCAGUUUCUGUGCUGAACACUGUCCUCACCCCCAUGUUAAAUCCUUUCAUAUACACCCUCCGCAACAAUGAAUUCAAAGUGGCUUUGAGGAAGGCACUGGAUUGGAAGGCAGUGAGUUUUCCCAAAGCUAGCCAGGUGGUCCAUGGUGACGAACAAUGCAGCUGGAUACAGCACAAAGGUGCCUGUGCAACCUUGCACUGA